CAUUAUCUCAUUCAGGGGAUCAUCAUUCAUGGUGAUGUAACAAGCCCGAUUAAGCAGGGUCUCGAUCGACUGUCGUCAUUAUGUGUUGCAGGUGUGCUCCAACUGGGCUCUAGGUCGGCACAGUAGUGGAAGGGAAAACAGUAGGAUAGUGCUGGACUAGGUUGACACCGCAGGUGGCUCUGGCAGGUUUAGGGAGAGGCAGGCAGCAUGGCUGAACCCAGACGAGACAGCACCAGCAGCCUGCAGCGCAAGAAGCCGCCAUGGCUAAAACUGGACAUUCCCACCGCUCAGGUGUCCGUGGACGAAGCGCCAGCUUUUGUUCAGCCCUUGAAGAGGCAUAAUUUCCAUCGCAGCGUCAGUAUGCCUGUGGAAACGUCUCAUCUCCCCUCUCCUCCUCGUGACCUCUUCGACCCCCGGCGAGCUGCCUUCCAGCGUCAGUCUUCAAUCACACAAACCAUCAAGAGGGGCACAGCGGACUGGUUCGGGGUCAGUAAGGACGGCGACGCCACGCAGAAAUGGCAGAGGAAGAGUCUGCGACACUGCAGCAUGCGCUACGGCAAGCUGAAGCCUCAGGUGAUCCGUGAGAUGGAGCUGCCCAGCCAGGACAACAUCUCCCUGACCAGCACAGAAACCCCUCCGCCUCUGUAUGUGCCCUCAUCUCAGCAUGGCAUGCAGAAGAUUGUGGACCCGUUGGCACGAGGACGUGCGUUUCGCAUGGUGGAGGAGGUAGAUGGCUUCAGUGUGCCUCAAACUCCCAUGACCCCCGGCGCGGCAUCCCUCUGGUCCUUCAACAGCUCCCGCUCGGGCCUGAACCGCAUCCCACGCAGACGCAAGCGCGAGUCUGUGGCCAAGAUGAGCUUCAGGGCGGCAGCGGCUCUGGUCAAGGGUCGUUCGCUGCGUGAGGGCACACUAAGACGAGCUCACAGGCGCAGCUUCACACCUGCCAGCUUUAUUGAGGAAGAUGUUGUGGACUUUCCAGAUGAACUCGACACAUCGUUCUUCGCCAGGGACGCCCUGAUGCACGAGGAGAUGUCCACCUUUCACGAUGAGGUGUUUGAGUCUCCAUCAGACUCGACCAUGAAAGACGUGGACAGCAAACAGCUGGACGAGUCGGAGCUGACGGGCAGCGCGCUGGAUAAAAGCGAGUUAGAGAGGAGUCACUUGAUGCUGCCUCUAGAGCGCGGCUGGCGGAAGGCUAAAGAGGGAACAUCUGCGCCCCCUAAAGUGCGCCUGAAGCAGGAGGUAGUGAGUGUGAAAGGUCAGCGGAGAGGACAACGGAUAGCCGUGCCAGUCAAGAAGCUCUUCGCACGAGAGAAGAGGCCAUAUGGAUUGGGCAUGGUGGGAAAGCUGACCAAUCGAACAUAUCGCAAGCGCAUCGACAGCUACGUGAAACAACAGAUAGAGGACAUGGAUGACCACAGGCCUUUCUUUACAUAUUGGAUGACAUUUGUUCACAUACUCAUCACCAUUUUGGCAGUGUGUAUUUAUGGCAUUGCACCAGUGGGCUUCUCCCAGCAUGAAACCGUCGAUUCGGUCCUAAGAAAUAAAGGCGUUUAUGAAAACGUAAAAUUUGUGCAGCAAGAGAACUUCUGGAUUGGACCGAGUUCGGAAGCCUUGAUUCAUCUGGGAGCCAAAUUCUCCCCUUGUAUGCGGCAGGACAACCAGGUACACGAACUGAUUAAAAAAAAGCGAGAACUGGAGCGAAAUUCGGCUUGCUGCGUGCGCAACGACCGCUCUGGCUGUCUGCAGUCCUUAGAGGAGGAAUGCUCUAGCACUUUGGCUGUGUGGGUGAAGUGGCCUCAGCAUCCCAGCACUCCUCAGCUGGAGGGGAAGAACCGGGAGUACGGCUCUGUGUGUCAUCAGGACCCCAGGACGUGUAUAGAGCCGGCCUCAGUAGCUCCUCAUGAGUGGCCUGAUGAUAUCACCAAAUGGCCGAUCUGCACCAAAUAUAAUUCUGGGAACCACACCAAUCUGCCUCAUAUUGACUGUACUAUCACCGGCCGGCCCUGUUGCAUCGGCACUAAAGGGAGGUGUGAAAUCACAUCUAGGGAGUACUGUGACUUCAUGAAGGGAUACUUCCAUGAGGAGGCGACCCUCUGCUCCCAAGUGCACUGUAUGGAUGAUGUGUGUGGCCUCCUUCCUUUCCUGAACCCUGAGGUCCCAGAUCAGUUCUACCGCCUUUGGCUCUCACUGUUUCUGCACGCUGGGAUUCUGCAUUGCCUGGUGUCGGUCUGUUUUCAGAUGACAAUUCUUCGAGACUUAGAGAAGUUGGCUGGGUGGCUACGAAUAUCUAUCAUUUAUAUCCUGAGUGGCAUCACAGGAAACCUGGCUAGUGCCAUCUUCCUCCCCUACAGAGCUGAGGUGGGUCCAGCUGGCUCUCAGUUCGGCAUCCUGGCCUGUCUGUUUGUGGAGCUGAUUCAGAGCUGGCAGAUUCUGGCUCAGCCGUGGAGGGCCUUCACUAAACUACUGUGUGUGGUGCUCUUUCUGUUCGCCUUCGGCCUGCUGCCCUGGAUUGAUAACUUCGCCCACAUCGGCGGAUUCAUCUCGGGCUUCUUCCUCUCCUUCGCCUUCCUCCCAUACAUCAGCUUCGGCCGUCUGGACAUGUACCGCAAGCGCUGCCAGAUCAUCAUCUUCCUGGUGGUGUUCUUGGGCCUGUUCGCGGGACUCGUGGUGCUCUUCUACGUGUAUCCCAUCAAGUGUGAGUGGUGCGAGCUGCUCACCUGCAUUCCUUUCACCGACAAGUUCUGUGAGAAGUACGACCUCAAUGCGCACCUCCAUUGAGGGAGAGGCGGGGCUUCGGGGGGAGAGGGAUCUGAUUGGUCGUUGAUCUGCAAUCUGUCAGUGUUCAUCCAGUUGCACUUCGUCUCGCCCCAAAUGAAGCCCUUUUCUGUGAACUUGGACAGUAUGCUUGUGUUGUUGUUGUUUUAUACUCAAGUGUAAGUUGGAUCUCCACUUUGACCAUUUUAGGAAUGAAAUUAGCUUUUUAACAUACCCUAAAGUUUUAUGUAGUCUAUUGAAAAGGGUGUCUGAUAAUCAUAUGAAACAGGGUCACCCUCG